AUGGGUGACAACAAACUGGCUCGUACAGGGAUCACGGUAGGUCUGGCCGGGUUUCUGUUGGCAAAACGGGCUCACGGCACUGUUUUAAUCACAAAUUCCAAUGAUCAAAGAUAUGUGCCAUCCAACCCCUAUGAGGACGAAAAAGGCGAUGAUCUGGACAUAGAUUUAAUGAUAUUUAGCCUAGCAUUCAUGCUGGCUUGCUACUUGGUUUUAACGGUGGUGUAUUUCGUUGUACGAUUCGUUUUGAGAAGAUAUUUCACUGCCGGGAUCACGCUGGGAAGUGAUAGCGAAUACAGUGGUUCAGGUAUGAUGGGCUCGCCACGGUGGACGAGCUCGCUGGAUGACGCAGAAGUAGUGAAAGACAAACUUGCGAGAUUGUCUCCUGAAGAGCAGUUUUACUACAAGCAAGGUGAGGAGUAUAUUCGGCAAAAUCCGCCUCUGCUCAUACCAGAGCAGCCCUCGAUAGUGGGAGCAUCAAACGUAGUAGAUCCCAUAAUCAACGAGCAGACUCUGCAAUUUAUCGACGAAGAGGGCGCAUAUGCCUGGGAAUUUCAACCUGACCCCAAACUUCCGAACGAUAGCGUUUUGGUCGAAAACAAAACGGAGCUCACAUUUCUGAACUUCAAUUACGACGUGUCUGUAACGACAAACUUACCCAUCCCACGUCUGAAUCGGGUAUAUUAUUGCGAAUUUAAGAUUUUUGAAUUGAACACUGCUGGCAGUAUGGACAAUCACCUUUCUUUGAAUGAAGUCAUAUCUUUCGGGCUGUCUACGUCUCCAUACCCUUACUUUAGACUUCCAGGAAGACAUCAUCACUCGGUAGCAUAUGACUCCGGUGGAGCGCGUAGAAUCAACGAUUCCUUUGAACUCUCUCCGGAGUUGGCUUCGAUAUUUCCUCGCUGCGAAAAGGGUGAUGUUAUCGGCAUAGGGUAUCGCACAAACAGUGGAACAGUGUUUUUCACCAGAAAUGGUAAGAAACUUAGUGAGAAAACAAUCGGUGGUCACAUCAAAGGAUGGAAAUUCAAGUAUAUCUACCCCAUUGUUGGAUCCAACGUUCCAUGUAAAAUUCACGUCAAUUUUGGAACUUAUGGGUUCGUGUUCAUCGAGGCCAAUGUGAAAAAAUGGGGGUACGCUAAAUCUCAGGGUAUGAAACUGCCUCCACCAUCUUACGAUAAUUAUGACCACGAUGUAUUGCUAGAAAGCAGCUACGAGGAUGAUGCCACUGACGACGAAAGUAUAUCCACCACCGAUGGGGACAUUAUAGACCAAGACGGUCAUUUACUGCCUCCACCGCCAGGGUUCGAGUUUAGCGUUUCUCCCCAGCCCUCCAUCGCCGGUCAGUAUACCCUAAACUCUCUUCCUGCCGAGCCUCCCAUAUAUCAUUCUGAUGACCAAGAUGAAGUGGUGGAAGGGGAUACCUCGCGCGAGCUAGAAGCGCUGGCCAGCGCAGAUGAAGAGCAAAAUGAUUCUUACGGCGGAAACAAGCUUGGUAAAAAUACCAUGGCUAACCAAUUCUUAUAG